CUAUUAUUACCCUUUCGAUGAACAGGAAACAGACCACCAAGCAUCAAAUCACCAGUCACAUUCGCAUACAGAAUACGAGUAUUCUCGAUAUUUGGUUCAAUAGACAAGAUAAACUCGAACAAACUCGUAAUCAACAUCACCUGAAUCACAAUUCUAAUCGACAUCAUCAAUCGCGAAAAUUUCUUCUUCUCUUCACACCGAAUUUUGUUAACGAAGAAAAUAUUCAAUCAAUCCAGUUAAGAUGUUCACAGUCAGUGCUCGAUUUGAAAGGACGAAACUACGAGGCGCCCUUUUAGUCUAGUUUUGUCUCCUUUGAGAAAGGGUGUGGCCGAUUAUGAUGUUCUCUGAAGAGCAUUCGAGAAACCGAGUUACCGGAAAAGCGGAAAUCGAUCGUGAAAACAGCGAUAUGCGAAAAAAGACGAUUCGCCACGACUCACGACGCAAGGACGUCGUGGUUGCAGUUCAACGGCAGCUCAAGCUCGAACUGGUAGCGCGAGGACGAGGACGAGGAAGAGGAAGACCAGAGGAAGUUAACAGAAGUAACGGAGGAAGCGGAGUGGGAACGAUAACGAUGGAAUCUCCAAUUAUUCAAUCGUCUCUCCGAGCUGGCCCGUUUAAACCGUUCUCUGCUUCUCAUCUGUUACUUGUCGACUUAGAAACGAACCGUUUUUCGAACGAGACGGCCGCGAUUCCAUUCUCCUCUGCAUCUUGUCUCGUCUCGAUCGCAAAAACAAUCGAUUAG